AUUUUGUUGUUAUUGGUUUGUUGUUUUGUUGGCACUUGAUUUGAUUUCGUGUCCUCUACGCUAUGAUAGCAGUUUAUGUCCACUAAGUGACGAAUUGUAAUGGCGCGCAAUGUGCUGCAGAGCAGCCUGCUUGGCGCUGGCUUCAGUAUCAUCUUUCAGAUAUUGUGCCGCAUCCUAACGUUCGGCAUCAAUGCCUACAUUGUACGGAAUGUAGGUCGCGAAGUGCUGGGCAUUAUGAAUGUGCGCCUGCUGCUGCUCGAGAGCACGUUGCUCUUCUUGUCGCGGGAGGCGAUCAACCGGGCUGCGUUGAGCGCCAACUCUCAGCAGCGUGACAAGUGCUCUUGGGCGCAGCUGAUCAAUCAGAUGUGGCUUACUGUGCCCAUUUGUGCCGCUCUCUGCCUUCCCUGUCUUUAUAUCUGGCUGCACUUGCUCUCGACAGUGGAUGCUCCCUAUAGUGCACAAUAUGUGUUUGCCUGCUAUGCGGUGGCAUUGUCCUGUGUCCUGGAACUGCUCGCCGAAUCGACGGUUUAUGUGUCUCAGGUCUUUUGCUUUGUCAAGCUCAAGAUUGUCCUCAACACGCUCCACAUUCUGGUGCGCUCCGUCAUCUUUCUGUGGAUUGUCACUGGCGAUCGCAGUGCUGCAAUUACCGCCUUUGCCAUUGCCCAGUUGGCCAGCGCCGUUACCAUUGUCCUGGGGCAGUAUGGAUUCUUUUAUUACUACAUCCGACGUUUCAACGCAUUCAAACUCCAACAGCAGCAGCAGCAGGGACGCAAGAGCAAGGCAGUGCCUGAGUCCAGUUCCUGGGAGCGUUCACUGUUUGAGAAUAUGGAUGAUUUUCCAUUUACCAAAUUAUCCGAGCUGCUGCCGGGUGUCAUCAGUCGUUCCGGUUCCGGCGACGGAUUCUUCAACAGAGAGCUACAAACACUGACCCUAAGCUUUGUGAAGCAGGGCGUGCUCAAGCAGAUUCUAACGGAGGGCGAGAAGUAUGUGAUGUCCGUGUCGCCGGUGCUCAGCUUUGGCGAGCAGGCCACCUACGAUGUGGUCAAUAAUCUGGGCAGCAUGGCAGCCCGUUUCAUCUUUCGGCCCAUCGAGGACAGCGCCUAUUUCUAUUUUACGCAAACGAUUGCCCGGGACACACGAUUGGCCAAACAGCCGCCGGAGCGAGUGCGUCAGGCGAGCAGUGUACUACACAAUCUACUGCUGGGUGUCAGUUCCAUUGGCCUGCUGGCAUUCACCUUUGGUCAGAGCUACUCGCAAACCUUGUUGCUGUUGUACGGUGGUGAGGAUUUCGUUGCCGGCGGUUUGCCACAGCGUUUGCUCCAAUGGCACUGUCUGGCCAUCUAUCUGCUGUCCGUGAAUGGCAUCAGCGAGGGUUACAUGUUUGCCACCAACACCAGUCGAGACAUUGACAAGUACAACUAUUUAAUGGCCAUAUUCUCCGUAAGUUUCCUUGUCUUGUCCUACAUUCUGACGGGUAUUUUUGGACCGGUCGGUUUCAUCUUCGCCAACUGCAUCAAUAUGCUGGGUAGGAUUGUGUACAGCACGUGGUACAUACGACAGCAGUAUCAGCCGCUGUCACUCAAUCCUCUCCAGGGUCUCUGGCCCGGCAAGCUAUUUGGCGGCACUCUGAUAAUUGCCGGUCUUAUCUGCUACUGGUACCAAGAUGCCAUCUUUGCCACGCAUCUGGGCGUCGGUCUAGCAGCUGGAAUCCUCUGUUUAAUCGCCUGGGCACUGGCACAUCGCGAACUCGUCCACUUGGCCUGGAAGUAUGGCCGUCGCAUCAAAAUUGAAUGAAGUUAAUACCAAAAAAAAAAAGAAAACAAAAGAGUUUGUUAAUCCUCUGUUGCUGAUGUUACAUAAGCUCUCUUUCCUCAGCCUGGAACACAAAAUUCACUUCCUGUGACCACAAAACGCACACAACACAAGAGUUGAAGUUGGAAUUGGAAUUGAAGGAGGAACCAACUGUCAACUACAUAUAUUUCUAGUUGAAAAUAAAUUAAAUGCUAGUUAAGUUAUUGUAUAUUUAUAAUUAUUAAUUCUUUGGCUACAAAUUGUUAAAGACGCAUCAAAAGACAACGAAAUGAGAUAACAUUUUAAAAUCAACAAAA